AGGCCCGGCGCUACUGGGUCCCGUCUCUGGGCGCUUGUGCCCGCUCCUGCCAGGGGCUCAGCACAAAGCUGAGGCGCCCCACGGCGUCAGCCCGUAGGUUAGCGGGUUUAUGUAGCUGCUUCCCCCGAGGUGGCCAACCCGCGCAGGGCGGUGAGGCUGGAGGGGCCUUUCUAGCCGCAGAUGUGGCGUACCUGUGCCCAAAGGAUGGCUUCUCAAGCUCUCCCGUGCUUGCAGAACUUCGAAACAGCGGUGCAGGAGAACGUUACCGUUAAUGGGCAGCCCUGGGAGGAGACUUCGGAUGACUCCGAGCUGCAGAGUGGUUCCAACAUCAAAAUUCUUGAAGAUCAAUUUGAUGAGCUAAUAGUAGAGACAACAAAAAAGCGUAAGCAGUGGCCUAAAAAGAUACUGAUGCAUGCUAUCCAAACCAUGAAAGCAGAGCAAGAGUUGUUGAAGCUCUACCAGCCUUUUGUAACACCAGAAGAGAUAAGAUCACAGCCUUCUCAAGAUGCUUACAUCGCAGAUCUGAAGCAGGUGACAGAAACGGCAUCCAAAGAGAUUGGUGGAGCAAUGAAGUCUCUCCCAGCACUAAUAGAAAGAGCAGAAGGUUUUUCCCAAGCGUUAACUUGGCAACCAACCUUGGAACUCUGCAAGCUGCGGCAAGAAGUCUUUGCUGGUUGCAAGGCGAAGGAGGAAAAUAAUGUCCAAAAUUUCGUAUCACCAGGAGAAGUCACACCAACAGACGCUGAUACCAGUAAAAAUGCUUACGUUUUGCUAAAAAAAAAAAAAACUGCAGAUUCACCUGAAAGAAGACGCUACCCACUUCGGCGAAGGAAGAUUACUCUCAGCACAUGAAUUUCCCAUUUAGUAUUUCGAUGGAAUCUGGGUUGUAUUCUUGCACAGUGUGCUCAGUCUUUUUCCUUAAAACUUUGUCUCCCCUCUAAUUCAGUGCUAUACAUGGGAGCUUCCUGAAUUAUUUAGUCUUUGAUCCUUUUAAAUAUUUCUAUUUUUACUGUCACACUGACGGUAUUUGAAAGCCUACGCAUACCAGUAGCAUCCGAUAUCCAGCAAGUAUAUUUGCUGAUUAACUCUCAUUUUUUGCUCUCCCAUUACAGCAUUUAGCUUGAGUCCUCAUGCUUCUCAGAAUUUGUGCACGUACUUUAUGUGUAUGGACAGUCUUAGUAAACUAUUAAAUGCUCAUUUACAUUAAGCAUGUCUCUAAAGAGGUUGGAGAAUGUCUAGUUCUCCUAAUGCACCUUCAUUUAUUACUGAGUUGGAUGGCUAUUUUUUUCAUAAAUUUAAAAAGAAAUUCACACUGGAGCAUAUUGAAAACAUCAGAUUUGAUACGAUGUUACAGUUUUUAGAAAAUCCACACACAAAUGUGAAAUUGGUCCCUGCUAUUCCACCUUUCCUGAAUUUAGGUCAGCUGGGCUUAUUUAUAGUCAUGUUUGUUUAAACUUGGAUUUUUGGUAAUUGUAUGUAUUUACUUGCAGUGUGCUCUUCUGAACAAGGAUUCGAGCAUCCACAUCUUGCGAUCUGAUAUUUCGUUUCAUGUAAUCCAAUUAUGCAGUCUGGGGGUUUCCUGGAUGAUAUUUCUACACAUUAUAGGAUCUUGACUUAGGUCAUGUAUGCAUUUGUGAUGUUUGACUAAACUUUAAAGAUCAGUAUAGGCUACCAGUAAAUGGUAUUGACUUGAGCUAGCCUACUUUUUUUUUUCUUUACACAUCAGUACCUAGACAAUUGCACAGUAGCACUAAAUUGAGCAUUGUGCCUUCAGCAUUCAUAACUUUUUCUUGUUUAUGAUUGCAUGUGCUUGCAGUAAAUACUCGUGUCUAAUAUGUAACAUAUUUCUCACACAGUAAAUGGAGGGGUUGUUUUAGAAGCUUUAUUAAUGAAGUGUACUGUGGUAAGAAGAUAGGUCUAACCUAAUUCUAAGAGAUGGAAAAUUUUCAAGAAAACGUGAGAGAUUUUAGCAUUUAUUUUGUAAAGGUAUCUGUACUGAGACUUUGUAUAUUUAAUCAUAUGUAAAUAUUUGUUUCCCGUUGCUCUUGUAUAUACAAACGUGUGUUUUUAUACAAAGUAAAUUAAAUCAAUUAAGGAA